ACAAUGGUAAUAGCCUAGACAGACCGUUAAUCGGAGUUACCGGCGCACUUAAUUCUGAUUCAAAUUGCUGCAUGACGGACGUUUGUUACUCGGAUUAGUGAACAGCUGAUUUAUUUAUUGGAUACUUUUGCCAGUAAAAGAUGGAUCGCAGGCGACAAAUACGGAUAUUAGCUUCCCUGAUACUAAAAAAUAAUUAUUUAUUUCAAAAAAAUCUUAAAUUGCUAUUUCUCAAACUGCUCCGCAAUAUCAAAACUAUUAAUGUCAUUUCGGAUGUGUUAGUGCAAACCAACAUUGCAUCCAUACUAUCUCAGGAAAAUGGACGAAAAAUCUGGAAAAUUGAGCGCAAUGGCACAUUUUGGGAGCAUGACGUGCGUGGAAUGGACGACGCCCAAUUCAAGGAGCACUUUCGCCUAAGCAAAGAUGCUUUCCGCAAAGUAUCUGCGAAGGUUCGGACAAUAGAAAAGACAGAUAGCAACAUGAGAUCUUGUAUUCCACUCCAUAAAAGAGUGGCUAUUGCAUUAUUUGCGCUAGGUGCGCCGGUUGAAUACAGCGCUAUUGCAAGAUUGUUUGGUGUAGGACGGAGUACUGUGGGAGAAAUAGUUGUGCAGUUUUGCAGCGCGGUGUGCGAUAAUUUAGCGGACUGCAUUAAUUCAUAUCCUCCACAUCCUGCAGAAGUAAAACGAAUUGUAGAUGGUUUCUCGCAACUCGGAUUUCCUCAAUGUUUCGGAGCAAUAGAUGGAUGCCACAUAGAGAUUGAGCCAAACAAAGAAGAUGCAGUUGACUAUUGCAACUCCAAAGGCUGGUAUUCGGUUGUUUUAUUUGCGAGCUGUGAUUAUAAUUCGAAAUUUACGUAUAUUCACAUUGGGUCCAGUGGAAGGAACAACGACUCGUACAUCUUUGAAACGAGCUCUUUGAAAAAAUUUCAUGAAAACGCUAACAUCUUCCAGCAGAAUAUCAAACACAUUGAAGGUGUUAAUGUGCCGGUGGUACUUAUCGGCGACUCAGCUUUUCGAUUGUCGCGGUAUUUGAUUAAGCCUUUUCCAUAUUCACCAAAUCAGCCAGUUGUGGAAAAGUAUUUUAACUACCGGCUGUCAAGAUGUCGCCGUGUAGUACGGAAUGCAUUUGGUCAACUUAAAGCGCGAUUUAGAAAAAUAGGCGGAAAGCUGCAAGUAGCCCCAAAAAAUGUUAACACAAUAAUACAUGCAUGCUGUAUUUUGCAUAAUUUUUUAAAAGCGGAAAAUGAUGAAUUACCUUCCACAUGGAUGCAUGACGCUGCAGAAGUGGCAUCUGCACCAUAUCAACCCAAUCACACUACAACAGCCGGUGAAAACGACAAAGCGGCAACGACUAUCAGGAACGCAAUUGCGCAGAGUUUUCUUGCCGACAUCGAUGGUCCUGUAACCGGAGCUAGCGAUGAUGUCAGUCCGGUCUCUACGGUUGGAAAUAACGACAGCGCUGAUGAUGACCCUGGAAGCUCGUAUAGAGACCUAAUUAGCGAAAGCGGUGCAAUUACUGUCGAUGACAGCAGUGAAGGAGGUGAAGGUGAUGGCAGCUGGAUUGAAUUCUAAAAUCUGAAUAAUAUGGCAUGUAAAAUCUUCCCACUGAAAAUUUAAUAGUGGGGGUAGUGUUCAACGCAAUAUGGCGCACAAUGCGGUGCACUGCAGAAAAGUGCCUCCCGUUGAAUGGUGUUCGCCCGAUGGGCCCAUUUUACCUUUCUUUUCUCUGCAAAAAUCAGCAAUUUAGUUAUAAGGUGAAAAGUUAGUUAAAAAUGCAUCUGUAUUUUUUCGUCAAGUUUUUUUUAUUUUUAUAUAAAGUGCCUCGGCCUGUAUUUGCCUGCCAUUUCAACAGCAAUGUCAUUAUAAAUGUGGGCAUUUCUUUUCACCCUCGCAAAUCAUUCGCGCGUUCUUCUCAUUUUAUUAUGAGCCCCUGCUAGUCUCCUUCCGUCCAGACUUAAACUUAAAAAUAAAACAAAAAUGCUACAAAAUACUUACUCCUGUUGUGCUCAUCAUAUUGCUCCAAAAUAUUAAUGUUGCAAUGAUUGUUUUCAGUAUUUCUUGUUCUUUUUAAAAGUUUGAUUAUUUUUCAUUCAAAUUAGAUAUUAACGGUCGUUUUUCGGCAAUGUUGCCAUCGGAAAUUCCCCAAUCCGCUUAAGUUAUGGGAAUGAAGUCAAGUAGUUGAUCCGGAUUAGUUUCAAUAUAUGCCUGAGAUAAUUCCGAAUUAAAUCCGUAAUGCCGAUUAUCGCCAUCUAUGAUAUUUAUACAAUCGUUAUGUGAACCAAAUUAUUAUAUUAUAUUUAUAAUUGGCGCGCACACACUUUAUUAGUUAUUGAUAGUCCCACAAAUGGAGGGCCCUACAGUUUUAAGCCGACUCCGAACGGCAGACAUUUUUUGAGGAGUUCUUUCAUGGCAGAAAUACACUCGGACGAUUGCCAUUGCCUGCCGAGGGGUGACCGCUAUUAGGAACAACUUUUUCUUUAUUUUGGUGUUUCACCGAGAUUCGAACCUACCAACCCCAUUCAGCUACUCUUGUGUAUAUUGCGUAAAUGGUUCACAUAUUUAACUUGCUGAGCCAAGCAAUUAAAUUUGAGAAAAUAUUUUUACGUUUCAAGUAAAUUUAAAAAAUACCGCAAUAUAAAAUCGUUUCCAUUUAAUUUAUUUAAGUUGAGUCGCUUCCCAUACAUAUAUCCAAAAACAUUUUCGAAAUACCUGAUUUUUAAAAAUGUACCUGACCAUUUUUAUGUGAAAAUAUUAUAAAUAAAUUAAGCGACAAAUAGA